AUGACGGGCAAAGCGGGCGCGGCGCUGGCCCCCAGCCUGCCCGGUAAGCCCAAGCCCGACGGCGCGGCCGCCGCCCCCGCCGCCGCGCCCCCGCCGCCUCCGCCGCCCCCCGCGGCGGGGGCCAAGCCCAGCUCCGGGCCCACCCCUCCCCGCUGCACCGGCUUCGGCAUCCAGGAGAUCCUGGGCUUGAACAAGGAGCCGCCGUCGCACCCUCGGGCCGCCCUGGACUCGCUGCCCGCCGGGCACCUGCUGGCGGCCCGCUCCGUGCUCAGCCCCGCCGGGGUGGGCGGCGUGGGCAUGGGGCUGCUGGGGGCCGGCGGCAUCCCCGGCUUCUACACCCAGCCCACCUUCCUGGAGGUGCUCUCCGACCCCCAGAGCGUCCACCUGCAGCCCCUGGCCCGGGCCCCCGGGCAGCUGGACAGCAGCCAGACGGCCAGCUCAGAUUCCGAGGAUGUCUCCUCCAGCGACCGGAAAAUGUCCAAAUCCUCCCUAAACCAGAGCAAGAAACGAAAGAAGAGGCGGCACAGGACAAUCUUCACAUCCUACCAACUGGAGGAGCUGGAAAAGGCCUUCAAUGAGGCCCACUAUCCUGACGUAUAUGCUAGAGAGAUGUUGGCCAUGAAAACAGAGUUGCCAGAAGACAGGAUACAGGUUUGGUUCCAGAACCGCCGGGCCAAAUGGCGGAAGAGGGAGAAGUGCUGGGGCAGGAGCAGCGUGAUGGCUGAGUACGGGCUCUAUGGUGCCAUGGUGCGUCACUCCAUCCCGCUGCCUGAGUCCAUCCUCAAGUCUGCCAAGGAUGGCAUCAUGGAGUCCUGUGCCCCUUGGCUCCUGGGGAUGCACAAAAAGUCUCUGGAGGCAGCGGCUGAGGCGGGGAGGAAGACGGAGGUGGAGCGCCAGGCCCUGCCCAAACUUGACAAGGGUGACAAGGAAGAGAGGGGCCCGGAUCCCAAAACCACCAUUUCCCAGGAGGAACUGAGAGAAAACAGCAUUGCUGCCCUCAGGGCCAAAGCUCAGGAGCACAGCACCAAAGUCCUGGGGACCAUUGCUGGGGACACCCCAGCCCCAGGCAGGAAGCUGGAGACAGGGGAGGAGGCGACAGCAGCGGAGGAUGAGAGACAGACAGAGAAGUUGAACUUGUCGCAGAAGGAGGAGAAGCUGAUCUAGGGGGGGAAGAGGUGGCAGAAGCCAGCCCCGACAGACACUGUGUCCUCUGGGGGCCACGUUCCCCCUUGGACUGCCAGGCACCCCCCGGCCACCCCUGCCUGGGGAGCGGGGCCCCAGUCUCUGCAUUUGGGGUUGCCUGGCAGAGGUGUCCCCCUGCCUGCUCCCCUCGAGCGUACCACUGCCCCUCGCUCCUCUGCCCUGCCGGGCCUUCCUUACACUCCCACCCCUUCCUUCUGGGGGACCGGGAAGUGUCCCAUCAUCGUCGCCACCCAAGAAGACACUGAGGCUCUGGGUCCCUCCGGCCUCGUGACCAGCUCUGGGGCUCUCUCUUCCUGCUCCAGCCCCAGACCCCACCAGCCAUCUUGGAGCGAGCCUGUCCCCUGCUGCCAUGCCCCUUCUUGGUGCACAUCUCUCCCCAGUGCUGCUUGGGCCCCUUGCCCUGGCACCCUGCCCCACUGUGCCCCAGGCAGACCCGCCGCCUUCCCCUGGCCAUCACCUCUGCCUCUGUCCCAGGCCACAGUGGGACAAGUCCAUGGCAGUAUUUGCAUGAAAUGGUGACUCUCCAUCCAGGGUGGUUUGCAACCUUCCACCCCAUCUUUCCCUGCCUGGCACUGGGGUCUGCCGGGAAGCUUUAGGGCAGUUGCUGCAGCUUUAGGGCAGUUGAGUUUUGUCUCUGUUUGGCAGCAAGAGGCAAGUUUAGCCCACGGACAUGACACCCUGGUCCCACCUGUCACCUUGAGGUGACCCCAGCCCAUGUUGCUGGCUCCCGCAGGGCUGGUCACCACAGCCGGGUCUGAGUCUGCCCCAAAUGCCAAUGCCCUGCAUCCCUGCAGAGGGGCCAAAUGAUGAAUACAUUAUUCCAGGUGAGAAAACAACAUCUGCCCAAUGUAGUUAUUGAAUUAAGUUUGUCCAGCUCACCCUCUGAGUGUUAAAGGGAAUGACAGCCAUGCACAUCCACCCUGAUCCACCCCAUAACAUGUACAUAUUUCUUCUAGCUGGCUCCACACAAGCACACGUGGUCCCAUGCAGCCAAACCUGCUCUGUGGUUCCAUUACCUUCCCAUCCUGGUAAGGCGCUAUUCCCCUCUGAAAGCCGUAGGACAGUGACUUCCAGGCAACCCUUUCUGUCCUGCUUUCAGCUGUGAGCACCCUUUCCCCAGAGCUACUGUUUUUCUUCCGUCAAAGGUUAAGCCCCUCCAUUGAGCCCGUUUGUCUUUGUCCCCCAGUCGUUUGACGUGUUAGAUGAUAGCCCAUGGUGUGUAAAUAAUGUAUAUACCAUGAGAAAAGAAUUCAGUGUUGAGGUGUUUGAGAUAUGGAGCUGUAACAACUUCUAGUCAUCCAGCAUCUGUGAUUUAUGUGCCAUUUUCUGUAAAGAUAUGAACAAGAA